GCAACAGGACCUUCAGGACGGACAUUCUGAAGCAGUCAGCAUGCCUAAAGAAUCUGCCUUAUCCAAGGCUUUUGCCGUCACCUUCGUGGUCUUGACAGUCUCCGUCAUCGCCGGCAUAGUCACCAUGAUCAUUUUUUACAAGACCGAGAUCGCAACAAUGAACCCGACGCCACGUCCGACGUUCCCGUCCACCACAACAAGUUUGCCGCCGGUCAUGCGGCUGCCGAAGAACCUCGUACCCCAACACUACAAGGUCGUCCUCCAGCCUCACCUCUACACCCGAAUAAUCGAGGAGGUGAAUGUCACCAGUCCUAACCAGACGAUGCUCUUCACCGGAAAUUCCAUCGUCAGCUUUCAUUGUGUCCAGGGCACUGAUGCCAUCUACCUAAACAGCCGGGACCUGGAAGUUUCUGAUCCGUUGGUGAUGAACAUAGACACAAAUGAGAAGAUUGAUAUUGACUCGGUGAAGAACCACGAAGACGCAAGCAACUUCCUGGAGAUCCAGUUAAAUAACGUGUUAAAAGCAGGGGGGAACUAUAGUUUGUUUCUGGCUUUCAAGGGAGAAAUUACAGAAAGUCUUUAUGCAAUGUUUCUAAGCACUUAUGUUGAAGGUACUCCAGCUUAUGAAGGUGAUCAAAAUACAGAGAGAUUCCUCACUGCCACCACUUUGGAACCAACAGAAGCCAGGAGCGUGUUUCCUUGUUUCGACGAGCCAGAAAUGAAGGCAGUGUUUGAGGUGACAAUCAUCCACAGGACGAACACUAUAGCUCUAGGGAAUGCAGGAAUAAAAGACUCCGAAAUUAUCGACGACGACUGGAAAAAGACUAUCUUUUAUCCAACGCCGAAGAUGUCGACGUACUUGUUUGCCUUCACAGUUUCAGAGUUCACGGCAACUCGCUCCCCGCUACAUGGGCGUGUGGAUAUUAAAACGUAUGCCCGUCCUGAAGCCACUGCAGCAGGACACACUCAGUAUGCUGCCAACAUCACCGUUAAGAUUCUCAAGUUCUACGAGAGCUAUUUUGGAAUUCCUUACGAACAGCAGAAGCUAGAUCAAAUUGCACUGCCAGACUUAGCUCCUCUAGCGAUGGAGAACUGGGGACUGGUCACAUACCAGGAGGGGAGCCUGCUCUACGAGGAGGGAGUGUCCUCACUGUUGCACAAGGAAGAGAUCGCUUCUCUCAUUGCACAUGAACUGGCACACCAGUGGUUUGGAAAUCUGGUGACAAUGAAAUGGUGGAAUGAAAUUUGGCUGAAUGAGGGCUUUGCCACGUACGUGUCAUUCAUUGCAGUGGACAAUGUGGAGCCUACAUUCCAAUUAAAAGAAGCACAUAUCAUAAGCAACCUCCAUGAAGCGUUUGAGCAGGACGCUCUGGCCUCGUCCCAUCCUCUCAGUGCUCCGCAGGAAGACGUCCAGAGUUAUUUUGAGAUUUCUCAGAUGUUUGAUAGCAUAACCUACAGUAAGGGGGCCACUGUGCUGAGAAUGCUGGAGGGCAUUGUGACAGAAAGAGUUUUCAAGAAAGGAAUCAAUAUGUACCUCAUGAACUUUAAGUAUGAAAACACAGACCAGAACGACCUUUGGGAGUAUAUUCAAAAGGCGGAGUCUGAGGACGGUGGUCACAUCGACAUUGCCAAGGUGAUGAACACGUGGACUAAACAAAUUGGCUAUCCUGUCCUCACCAUCAACACUACCAAUGGAGAAGUGUACCAGAAGCACUUCCUGUUCAAUGACUCCUCUGAAUCUAGUCUUUGGUGGUACGUCCCAAUCACAGUCAUGUCAAAUACACUCAAAUCUUCUACCAUCUGGUUGGAAUCCAGCGAGCCAGUAAAGAAAGACCAAUUCAUCUCUAAGAGAGGAGAGUGGAUCCUGGCAAACGUCAACUGCACUGGAUACUACAGAGUCAAUUACAACCUUGAGAACUGGGAACGCCUCCUGACUCAGAUGGAGACAAACCCAGAGCGGAUCCCACUGAUGAACAGAGGGCAGCUUGUUGAUGAUGCAUUUAACUUAGCAAGGGCCAAACUCGUUGAAGUGACUCUGGCUCUGAAUGCGACGCGCUUCCUUCGGAAUGAGAGCGCGUUUAUUCCCUGGGAUUCAGCACUCAGGAACCUGGGGUACUUUGUCCUCAUGUUUGACCGCUCCGAGGUGUAUGGACCCAUGCAGGUGUACCUCCGGGAACAGGUUACGGGCCUCUACAACUCCUUGAAGAACUACACAGACAAUUCCACAGUCCCAGAAGAUCACUCCUUACAGCCCAACCAGAUCAUCGCCAUAGAGGUGGCGUGCUCCAAUGGACUCCAAGAAUGCAUAACGAUGGCUACAAAUAUGUUUGCCAAGUGGAUGAACAACAACGGCACUAACAGCAUCCCCCCUAACCUGCGCUCCGUGAUCUACUGCCAAGCCAUUGCCGCUGGGGGGAGGAAAGAGUGGGAGUUCGCCUGGGACAAGUUCCAGAGCUCCAGCGACACCUCAGAGAAGGACCAGCUCCGGGAGGCUCUGUCCUGCACCAAGGAGAUCUGGCUGCUCAACAGAUACCUGAAGUACACUUUGAUCCCUGAGAAGAUUCGUCUCAUGGAUGUUGCUUCAACUAUUGCCUACAUAGCUAAGAACGUGCCAGGCCAGGCGCUGGCCUGGAACUUUAUCAGAGCACACUGGGAGUACGUCAGACAGGGGGAACCAGCAAUGCUGAUCAUGGAUGUGACCAGAAGGUUCUCCACGCAAUUUGAACUGGAGGAGCUGGAGCGCUUUGCGACGGAUUACACUCUGGGUUCUGCCAGCAGGGCAGUGCAACAGGCCGUAGAGCAAACCAAGGUCAACAUCCAGUGGGUCAGCGAGAACAAAGAUAUCAUACUGGAGUGGUUUGAGAGUGAAAUAGAUUUUUAAAGUGGUAAAAAUACACCGUCUUUGGUUGUUUUAGAGCCUCACAGAUCAUUUCGAUCCAAGACCCGAAUCUAAUUUGUCUGGAAAAUUAACACAAAAAGCGUUUUAAAAAGAAAAUUACUUUUUCAUUUAAUUUCCUUUAAUAUAUAAUACUAAUACGGACUACAGUGCUGAAAGUUCAUGAGACGUGUGGCACCAAAGUGAAGACACAGCAAUGUUUUAUGUAUAUAAAUUAUUUAUACAGUAUAUUCUUUGACAAGUCAGAUUAACCAGAUUUUUACUCCACUGUUGCAAAUGUUUAAAAGAAUAAAUAAUGAAAUCUUUUUUUUUUUUGUUGCUGUUGUCUAUUAGAAAAUUAUUAGCAAAUAUGUAUUAUGAGUGACGUGGAGCAACUCAUAUUCACCAGUGUUUUGCACAAAUUGGAGCCAAAUGACAGAAAUCCCUCUAUUUCUUGUAGGAACAUGUCUAUACGUGUAUUAUAUAUGUUGUAAUCAAGGAACCAAAUUAUUCUUGUAUGUUGCUAAAAAAUGUUAUUUUUUAAUAAUAAAACCAACAUGUGU